CGUUGAAGAGGUGAUAGAAUAUUUGGGCUUAAAACAUCCAAUUAUAUUUGAUGUUUACAAUCUUUGUCAUAAUUAUCACUGCAACAAACUUUCAUCUUUCAAUGUUAGUGUUGAAAGACAUGUGCGGUUAUUUCGAAAUACCUUACAAAUCUACAGAUCUAAAAAGAGACCUUUUAGCCAAGGUUUCAGUGUAAAGUCGUGAAUGUGACUGAGUGCAGCAAAAAAUAAUUUCAUACUGUAACUUUCCUGCGCAAGAGUUUGAGUGCAUGGUAUGCUGUCCAAUCGGUAAUGUGACAAGUUGUGCGUUGUGCAUUGGUUAUCAUCUAAAUAUCAUAAAUAUUAUUGUGGAAACAAAUUAUGAAGCAUAUUAUAAAAUGAAGUUGCAAAAUUUGUGAGGCACUUUCAUCGAUUUAAAAGUCCUACCGGUCUCCUAUAUUUUUUUAUGAUGUCCUCCCCAAUAUUUGGGUGACCCUAUUCGGCGGAAUGGCGGAAUACAUGCAGUCAGUUGUAAAAUACGGAAUAUACGUAAUACUCUAAAACACGGAAUUUACAGAAUAUUCUGUAUUUGAUUUGAACUGGACUGACGAAAAAGCAGAGGCAAUAUUAAAAAUUCAAUUUUCGUACUGCCGUAAGCCACACUAUAGACCUUAUGACGGUUUUGAAAGCCAUCUUGACGGGUGAAGGGUCCGGUAUCACGGGAAUCUAAUGUCGGAUAACUUUCAUAAAACGGCUGUUCUAAAAAAAAGAAUUGUAAACUUAAGCUUGACAGGAUUGUACUACCAAUUAAUGGGGGCCGCACAUGUGCCUAAAUUUGUCCGGUCGCUUGCUUUAGAUUUUCCAGAGUCUUCAAAGUCUUCAAAGAAAUGAUCUCUUCUUCAAAUUUUGUGGAGAUUGCUCGGUUGGUCGUUCUGGUGAGGAAGGAUCCAGGGACAACAAGUCCGUUUUCCAGUCUCCUUGAUCCAUUACCUUAAUCGACUUGCACUUUGUUUUGACUGCGAGCUUUUUUAAGAAAGGUGAAUAUAAGGAAGGAAAGUUCCAUCGACAAAGUGCCCAACAAGUUUCAAGGUAAGUCCCUCGCGUUAACUGAGCAUUCACCGUCGGUAUUUGUUACUGCUACAGUUUCAAAUGUUGUUCGUUUUUAAAUAAAUAUCAAAGUUCUUUUUUUAACAUUUGGCUGUUUCUCAAAGAAAGAAAUAAGCGCCCUGUCCCGAAUAAGCGUCCUCCCUAGAGGCACCAAAAGUAAAUAAGCGCCUGGGCGCUAAAUCGAAUCAUUACGGUAAGCAAAUUCUUUUACUUGUCACGCGCUUAAAACAUGGUUCGAGUUAAUGAGGGUAAAAUUAUAUAGAAAUGAUCUGAAGAGAAACAAAAAUUAGUAUUACUUCGAGUCAGCACGAGGUUCGAGUCAGUAGCGAGGGUUCCAGUUAUUGGAGUCGACUGUAUACCCUUUUUAAACGAUUUUUCUCUUAUUCUGCGUUUUAGAGUAUUCCGUAUAUUCCGUAUUUUAGAAUAUUCCCUGUAUUCCAUCAUUCCGUUCCGUCAUUCCGUCAGUCCGCCAUUCCACCGAAUAGCGUCACCCCCGAUAUUUUCAUGUCCAAGAAAAUACUAAACGCGAGGCUAAUCAUUGUGCCAAGAAUUGAAUCUGUUAGCUGCAUUUUAAAGCGCUAGAUAAUAGUCCUUUGAGAAAAAAAGACCGUAAUUCUUGGGCGUAAUGGACUCAGUUUUUGGGGCCAAGAUGUUGGUCGUUCUCGGGAGCAACAGUACUCCAAUAUCUCUCUCCUUUUUUCCUUGAAGGAAGACAUUGGACAUUGACAUGAAUGAUUCUAGCCCGAAAAAAAAAACAUGGGAUCAGAUUUCUUUCAAUAGACCGCUGACCAGAAGCGUCGACUCGUGACCCCACAGCGAUCAGAUCGCGCUGAGGCCAAAACGGUGCGGCGGUUCGGGAAUUUUUUCUUUUUAAGUCACCAUCGCUUGUGAAAAAAUAACAUUACUGUAACAUUGUUUCACUAAGUACUUUCUGGCCGGGAAAAAGCUGUGCAUUCCUUUAGAUUCCGCCGCAGUUUAGACAAAUGACGUCAUUGGCCGCUGUCACGGGACGACAUUUUCCAGAUUCAAGUUUCGUCAGCAGAUGGUAAUUUCGAGUUCUUUACUUCUUCUGCCUAUUUUUCAUCUUCCUUUCUCUUUUAAUUCUACGUCCUUCUACUUAGGAUGGUUUCUGAGCGCCUAGCAAGGAUUAAAGUGGCGUUUACCACGCUAUCCACGGCCGUAUUGGCAACAGAGAAGUGUUUCGCCGAAGUAGCAAGAUAACGGUAAACACUGCAACUUUGAACGCUUUGUACAACGUCAAUAUGCUUUGGCCGAAAAAUGUUUUUCCAGAAUCCUAAUGUAUAUCCCUCCAAUGUCUGAUUCAUCACUGUGAUUGCUUUCAACAGCGUUGGACUUUUGAGAAAUAAUUAUUUUAAAAUCAGCUCCAACGCUCCAUCUAAUUUAAUAUGCAAUAUUUGAAAAUUUAUUUUUUAUUCCCUUCGGCAGUUUUUCGAUGUUUAUCGAAUGAUAUUGCAUUAAAAGGCCUUUUCCUUCAUCACUGUGUGGUUUUCUCGCUAUUUUGCGUUGCGAUAGUGAUUUCUGAACCGUUUUUUGCGAGGGCUCAUUUUAGGCCUGAUUUUGCUGCUAUCAGACGGAAAAAGUUUGCGGCUCGAUAUUUUUGGUUUAAAGCGAAACUGAAACAAAAGAAAUUCAUUUUUGAAUAGUAUUCGGUAACCUUUACUUGGGAGAUAAAAAUCAGCCGAUUUUAUUUUUUAGCCGGAAAUCAUCGGUCGUUUCUUAGGCGCAGGGCCUCUUAAGUAGGGAUUUGAAGAUUUCUUUGUCAGUGCUUAAAAUGUAUAAGGUAAAGUUGAUUGCUUUGAUUAGGAGUAUUUAAACGGAAGCUUCGCUUUUAGCCCGGGCAAAAUGUAUAUAUUAUUUCUUUUUCUAAUCUGAGUGCGGCCUUCAAGAACUCAACUGCCGAGAAUUCAUCCAUUUGUCAUUGUAGGCGAACCGGAAUCAUAGCGACAGUUUCAAAAAUUCGAAUUCGCUUGUAAUUUAUUUUUAUAGUGCGUUUUCGUUGCAGUUGCCUGUCGCCGUCGUCGUUGCUAAAGCUCUCUAAUAACGACAUCGUAAACAGUUCAAAGUCAAGGACCUUAAAAAAAAUUCUAUAGGCACCCAGUCAGAUAUGUAAACGGAUUCUCAAAACGGGGUGAACAGAGGCCUUCACCUUUAGGUAUAUCGACCUAGCAUUAAAAAAAGGGUGGCAUUUUUGUCUUUGCAGAAUUUAAACCUUUCCUGCUCAUAUCCAAAGUCGCAUGAUGAAUCGUGGUCUUUACAAGGUAGGCUUCAACGUCCGUUGACAAAACGUGGAUCAAACAGUAGCAGAUCAACCCUUGUAACUCUAUCCUUAACCUUUUGCCAUUCAGUGAGUUACAGUAGUUGAUCCGAUCGGAUUCGGGUUUUGUUGAUGCCCAGCUUUAACAAUUAAUCGAGAAGUCAUGGUUGCUGCGAGGACACAAGUCUUCGCAGCAUACUUUCUUAGGCUGCGUACUUGAAGCCAGUAGCUGUUGAGUAUUUUUGAGCUUGAAGAUGUUAUAGUCGAUAGAUGGUACUUGGAAUCGAAGAGAUUUUAGCUUCUAAAACGUUAAGAGCAGAACACUUACAUAUAAUGGUGUUUGAACACAGCAGUAUUUUGUACCGUUGCUCAAUGCAGGCAUUAUAUAAACCCUUACUACUCACCCUUUGUACUCUAAUGUAAACUACCUACAGUACCCUAGAAAUGUGGUGUGACUAAGUGUCGAUUGCGUUGAGGGACAAAAUUGUUGGGAUCCAAGAGCUAACUUGACCGGUCAGUUCUGUCAGUUAAUAAAGGAAAUCUUCAAAGUCGUGUCCUUAAUUAUCAGCAGCAGUAGUAUUUCAGUUGUAUCGCGUUGCAACUUUUAGUUACGUUACGUGUAGUCUCUUCCCUGUUGUUGAUUAUUGGUUUAUUAACAAUUUGUACGAAAGUAAAUAGACUUUAUAAUAGUGCCAUACAAAGUGGUUCUUAGAAAUUGAUCUUUUUAUACUGCUUCUUGUUCUCGUAGAAGAAACUCUAAUAGAAAAAGAAAGGAAAAAAAAGCAGAGAUCACCGGAGUUGGAGGAAGGUACGCACCUUGUCGCAGAACCUAUUUGUUUGGUAAUACCCGGGUAGAGACUUUAUAAUGGUGGCAUAUCAAGCGGUUCUUAGAAAUUGAUCUUUUGUUGCUUUUUGUUCUCGUAGAAGAAACUCCAAAAUGCAGAGAUCACGUCAGUCUUUGGUGCGCGCUGAAAAAAUUGCGCCUGUGAAAUUUCUCAGCGCACGCAAUUUUGUCACAGAAACUGUGUUCAGCCACCUUAAGCUGGAGACAGAGGAAACAGAGAAUACAGAGCUUAAUUUGUACUUUCCAAAGAAAAACGUCUUUCUGUUUUUGUUGAUGUAGAAUUUUUGUUUGUUUUUUUUUAAAAGAAAUCAAAGAUGAAAUGGUUGUGGACUAUGAUUUGGAAGGGUUGUCAACAGAGCUUGGGGUAUCGUGGAAACCCCUUGCGAGGCGCCUGGAAUUCGGCGAAGCAGAAAUAGAAGGAUUCGACCACGAUAAUAAAGAACUCCGUGAAAAAUGUUACCGCAUGUUGCAUACGUGGAAAAGGAAAAAGGCCUCGUCAGCAGCUUACUUAGUCUUGUAUGAAGCCUUGUGUCAUGAACAUGUUGGACGCAAGGAUUUAGCAGUAAAGUAUUGCAUUAGUGAAUCCACAGACUAAGAAGAAAGCACAUCAGAGGGGUGAACGUGGAUGUACGAUAAAGAUUAUUUCAAACGGCAAACGUGAAUUUGUACCAUUUGACCAAUUUUUUCCCUUAAUUGUCGCUUGCUGUUUAUUACUUCUACUUAAAAAUAAGUAGUUUCAGGCCAGUUUUACCCAUAAGAAUUGUUCUGGAUAGUUUUUAUCUGCUUAUUUUCUAUUCUGUGAAUUUCUCAACUUGAAUCUGACGUUUGUCGUUUGCCGCAAACGUGACCCUUAAUCUCUCUAGUUUGUUCACCGAAGUCUAUUUUGUUAUGAAAGCGGGAAAUUGCACAAGGCAGUAAGUGUCGUUAUUUUCAUUUAAAGAGAAGUAAGCGUGACCGAACCGGACAGAGUGUUGGACUUGAAAUCAGGAGGCCCCGGUGAGAGUAAACAUUUCAAAGCAGCCAACCGGUUUGGAUUUCGCUACUUGGUACUCUUAAUGUUAUUCAUCAUCAUUCGGCCGUUUCGGUCGGGAUGCUCUGAAUAAUCUUAUUCCACACAUUCAGGUCUGACAUCGAGUUUGCAAGAUCCUCCAUCUCCCCAUGUCUUUGAUAUUUAAAUUAUUGUUGUCUACAAGCUACCUAGCAGGGCUUAUUUUUUAUUUAUCUAUUUGUAGUAUUUUCCCCAGCCAUGUUGAGGCGGAGCUGUUUAGAGAAGGGGACCAAUUUAAUACUGGAGCUAGAGGC